CAAACCCACGGUCAUGCUGAAGAAUGGACUCUACUGCAUAUAAAUCAGGUGACUGCACAAGUGGGGGGGGGUUCUUCUCCAGCGCAUCAAGACGGCACAAAGCCAAGCAGCCCUCAGUCACAGCACACAGACUCGACUCGAAACAAGGACUUCAAUUGUUUUCUCGCAUCCAGAGGCUGUCCUUUUUUAAAGGGGAAUAUUGUAGACUUUUAUUAUUCAGCUUACUUUUCGAACGUGUUGAAUUGUUAUUUGUGCGUUGCAGUUUUUGAACACUUUUUUGUAUUUCUGAAUUGAAGUCAGAAUGCUGGAUCCAUUGGCUGAGUUGAGAAGUACUGGAGGCUUUAGACAGUGUGGUGGCCGGUUGUCCUGGCAGGUGCGUUGGAUCUUGUACAGUCUGUGCGUACUGACGGUAAUAAACUGUGCCGGCCUGGUUCUGCUCCUGGUUCAGCAGAGAGAGCUGUGGGCUCAUCUGACUGAGGUGGAGAGGCAGAUGGUGGAGAUUUCUCAGAGCUCCGUUGUGGAGUUCAUGACACAGGUGAACGAAGAGGAGGCAGAGUAUCAAUACUCCAGAAACAAACGCAGCCGGCAGCAUCGAGGGACACGACCCUUUGAGGAGCAUGAGGGGAGGGUGGGAGAGGAAGUCUUGGGAGAUUUCCAGUAUCAGUAUCCGCAGACGCAUGGGCCGGUUUACCAGCACAAAACAGAAGAGCAGGAUGGAAUGAUGAUGAUGAUGACAUACUCCAUGGUGCCAGUUAAAAUUCUUCUGGACAUUUGCAACAGUACUAAAGGUGUCUGUCUGACCGGGCCACCAGGACCACCAGGAAUUCCAGGCUUGCCGGGUGUGGACGGAAUGCCGGGGUAUAACGGAACAGAUGGAAUUCCAGGGUUGCCAGGAGAGCCUGGAGCACAUGGAAAACGAGGAAAAAGAGGUCCUCCAGGUGAGAAGGGUGAGCCUGGUGAGAGAGGAGAGCAAGGAUAUCCUGGACCCCAAGGACCCCCUGGAGAACAGGGCGAACCUUCAAAUGAUGUCAUUGUAGAGGGUCCACCUGGUCCAAUGGGACCCCCUGGCCUCCCUGGUCCACCUGGCCCUCCAGGCCCCCCCGGGCCUCAAGGGCCAAUAAGACACAGGAGCCACAGAGCACAUCUCCACAUGGGGAAGGAGUCUGUAGGUCACCUUAAUUCAGUCCCAAAUGAUGACACCAUCAGCCAGAAAAUAGUAUCAUGGAAGAUAAACGACUGCAUCAUAAAAUCAGUGCAGAAUCCCAGAUAUUUGAUGAAAACGAGCAGCACGUUUGGAGCAUGGAUGAUGGACACUGCUGCUAACGACAAUGAGAAGAUCUGGGUGGCAGAACAUUUCUCAGGACGUAUCAUAAAGGAGUACGACAGUAUCGCAGCGUUCCAGAACAGCAGCAGUGAAUCUAUUGAUGUCCGAAAAUUUUUCCAAGGUUGCGGCCACGCUGUACAUAACGGCUCCAUAUUCUACCACAUCGCUGGAACUUCCAAUAUUGCUAAGUUUGACCUCCAGACGAAGAUCUUACUCACGCUGACAAUUGAAAACGCGUUCUAUCACAAUAAGUCCUACCUCCUUGAGAACUCAAAGACGUAUUUCAAAUUGGCAAUAGAUGAGAACGGUAUGUGGAUAGUAUUUGCCUCCAACAUUGACGACAACAUAAUGGUGGCGCGACUGGAUGCGAAAUCUUUCUCCGUCACCACAUACAUCAACGCCACCUAUCCCAGGACCAAGGCCGGUAAUGCGUUCAUCGCCUGCGGGAUUCUCUACAUCACGGAUACUAAAGACACAAAGGUGACAUAUGCCUUCGACCUCCUGAAAGAGAAGCCGGUUAGUGUCAGUUUAGAUCUGAGGGCACCUGGAGGGGUUCUGUCCAUGAUCUCAUACAAUCCCAGAGACAAACAUCUCUACAUAUGGGACAGCAGCUAUGUCAAAUCAUACCAAGUCCAGUUCCUCUCAGAUGAAUAAUCAAAAAUGCAUGACAUAAUUGGCAUAUUUAUAAGCAAAUAACCAAUGUUUCUGUUGUUACCCAUGUGUAGUACCCAUAUAUAUAUUUUUAAUUUUCUUGAGUGGAUGAUAUAUCAAGCGCUAAAUUGUCUAUCUAGUGGUGUUCGCACUAAGUAUUUGGACACUUUAGCUACCCUUAAAUUUCAAUGUGUUAGAUAUCAAAACAUAAAACCAAGUGUCAUCGAACAUCAAACAGGGCUUUUAAUCAACUGGUGAUUUUUUUAUUAAAUCAGUUCUCAAGUUUACACAUUUUAAUCAUUUAAAAUGUGUGAACUUGAAGACAAGACACUAUUUUCAAUUAUGGCUAUUCAAUCGAUUAUCAAUUCUUUAAUAAUUUAAAGUCAGAAUGACUUGUCCAAUAUAAACUUGAAAAAAAAAACUGUAUAAAUCCUGCACACUACUCAAACUUGUGCAAUUACAAAAUUUUACUAGUAAGGUUUCAAGCCUGAAAAGGGUAAAUUGACAUGAACAAUGCUAUUCAAAUUUUGCAGAGACACGUUUGAGUUUAGUGCAGGAUUUCAGUUUAUCAUUUAAAGCCUAACAAACAUCUUUGUAAAAUGUUUAGGUUGAAAAUUUAAUUUGCGCUUACUUAAAAAUAAAUGCACUUGGGUUUAUUUUUUUUCCCUAAUGUAUGACAUUAAAGCAUUUUAAAAUCUGACUUAAGUGUCUAAAUGCAAUUUGGGG